AUGGACCUGCAGACAGCAGGAGAAGAGCCUGUGAAGGGCACCAAAACACCAGAUCUCUUGAUGUCACCUGAACUCCAACGCCGGAUCGACAACUGGCGACUUACUGGCGAGUCUCAAAUGCCGGAGCUACAAGUCCAUGACAGGAUAUAUUGGACCCGGUUUUCAACGAUCGAUCUGCGUCUUGUUCACCAUAUCACGACACUAUCGACAGACAUGUACAACCAGGGAUACAGCUCUUGCACGGCUUGGGGCUCCAGAAUGCCUUCGCUCAUCUCGGCGGCUUUGGCACAUGACUUCGUGAUGAGUGCAUUGCUUGCCUUGUCGGCAUCACAUCUUGCGUGGCAGACGAAGAACGCGGACACGGACAACCUAGCGUACCACCAUAGAGGGGUUGCCCUCAAAGGUCUUCAUCAAGCAAUUGGAGCAUUCUCGAGAGAAAACUCUGAAGCGAUCCUCGCCGCCUCGAUUCUGCUGUCGUGGCAAUCCACCGAAUGGCGUGGCUGGGCAUCACUACAACAGGGAGUAUCGACGGUCUUGAGUGCGAUGCGGAUGUGGAUCCAUGAAUCAGAGCUGGCAGGAUAUCUGGAGACCCAACGAAGUAUCGGGCGAGCAAGAGCAAAUGCCACACCGACCAUGCCGCAUGCCCAGGUGUCGAUUCCUCACGAGGACCUUCGUCGGAUAGAACAAAUCACCACGGCUCUUCACAAUUUGAGGCUGCGACUUUUGACAAACGAAGAGCUCCAAGAACAUACGGGCCAAUUGAUUGACUACCUGCAGGAAUUACAACGAGCCUUACCAAUCCAAGGUCCCGAAAAUGUCUUCAGCCGGUUACAGCCACUGCGGGACUUGAUCUUCUGGCUGCCGUCCUCAGUUCUGCGCGUCAACGACUCGGAUCUGGGCCCACUAGCUCUGCUCUCGCAUCUCUAUGCCAGCGCACUUGCGGUUGAGCCACUCUUUCCCGACAUUGGUGGCGCCUACUUGGGAAGCAUGUCCCUCGGACCACUGGAGACGAUUCAUGACAUCCUGAGGACAAGGCGGGCGACCCAACCCCAAGAUGCACACAUACAAGUGGCCUUGUCACUUGUGGAGGUGCCAAUGCAGAUAGGGAAUUCGUACAGACACAGGCAGAGACACAACAGCCACGGGAGUCAGGGGGUGGAAGGCUAUCGCUAUUCUCCUCAAGGGAGCCCCUUUGCAGGUCCUCGCAUCCCGAUUGCCACUCCAACCUCAGACAGUCCCGUGGCACCCAUCUAUCCCAACUCACCCCUCCACGCGCCGGGCAGUCUGUCGAUACCGGCAUCGGCAUAUUUCCAAGCGGCUCUCGGGCCCGGCGAACCACGGCGAGAAUCGUCGAUAUCGUCGGCAUCGUCACUCGGCCGCGCUCACUCGAUGACUAGUGACCACCGGAGUCUCGCGUCAAGCAGCCCACAUGCAAUGGGUAUGGUGUAUGGAUCGCCCGCGACGCAACACCCACGAAGCAGUCACGAGCUCCCGGGGUCGAGAAUGGACUACUUUGGGCAAAUUCAAGCACCGUACAAUCACUACGGCAGCAUGAACAUGAAUACUCGGUUCGUCGCUCCUUCACAACUCUGGACUUGA